AUGACUUAUUUAUUCAAUGAUCGAUUGAAAAAUUUCUUUCGAAAAUUGUUUUGUAUUUUUCCACAAAAUCUUUUUCUUUAUAUUUUUCUUUUGUUAAUUCUUAUAAAUCUUUGUUUAAUUCCAAUUUAUCUUCGAAAAACGACUCAUUCAUCACUUCAAAAUGUUCAUAUAUAUGAAAAUGUCUUUCGUAUAAGUUGGUUCAAUGCAUCUCCAGAUGGUUAUGAACGUGAAAUUUUAAGUAUUAAUAACGAAAUCUUAUGUCCAACAAUCAUUGUAAAUGAAGGUGAUUUAAUAAAUGUAACAAUAAUAAAUGAAUCCAAUGAAGAAAUAACAAUACAUUGGCAUGGAUUAUAUCAAAGAAAUACUUUUCAUAUGGAUGGAGUUCCCGGAAUAAGUCAAUGUUCAAUUUUACCAAAUCAAUCAUUUAAUUAUUUGUUUUCAACAAAUAAUCAAAGUGGAACAUAUUGGUAUCAUUCUCAUCAUUUAAUUCAAUAUGGUGAUGGAUUAAAAGGUAUUUUCAUUAUUCAAAAUCCAAAUGAUCCUUUUCAACAUUUUUAUGAUAAUGAGGAAAUUUUUCAAAUAACUGAUUGGUAUCAUAUUCCUGUUCAUAUCUUAUUAAAUACAUAUUUAACUGGAACAAUUAAUGAUCCAAUACCUGAUUGUUUACUUUUCAAUGGAAUUGGACAAUUUAAUUGUCAUCUUUAUGAAAAUUGUUCUUUUUAUCGUUCAAUUAUUCAAACAAAUUCACGUAAAAGAUAUCGAAUAAUCAAUACAUCAAUUUAUUCAACAAUCACAAUAACAAUUGAUCAACAUCAAAUGAAAUUAAUUGAAAUGGAUGGAAUUUAUUUAAAUGGAAAUGAAAUUGUUCAAUCAAUUCGAAUAAAUCCAGGUCAAAGAUAUUCAUUUCUUCUUCAUGGAAAUGAAAAUUCUUCUCAAAACUAUUGGAUACGCGUAACAACUCAUCCAUUUAUUCAAUUUAAUAAUCAAUAUUUACAAUCGAAUCAUUCGACUGUCUAUGCUAUUCUUCAAUAUAAUUCCAAUGAAUUUUUACCUUCAUUUCAUUCUUUACACAAUGAUUUUCAUUUAAUUCAACAAUCAAUUCUGAAUGGACAACAUUUUGUUGAUGAAAUCAAUUUAAUUCCAAUGAAUUUAACAAAAUAUGAAAUUCCAAAGAAGAAAGUUUUUCAAACAAUUAUUCUAAAUGCACAAUUUAAAGGAGGAAAUCCAGGUGGAAUGUUUUUUAAUAAUGAAAUGUUUAUUCAUCCAAGAAAUACAACAUUUUUAUCAUUAAUUCUUCAGAAAAAUCAAAGUGAAAUUCAUUGGCCAUCAACAAUAACAAUCAAAGAAAAUGAAAUUUAUGAUAUUAUCAUAAAUAAUAAUGAUUAUUCAUCACAUCCAUUUCAUUUACAUGGUCAUCAUGUUUGGAUUUUAUCACAAGGAAAAUCAAAUGAAGGUUUUCUUAAUCAAACCCAAUAUGAAACAAUGAAUUUCAAUCUGAACAAUGUCAUUUAUCGAGAUACAUUUAGUGUUACUCCUUAUUCGUAUUUAAUAUUUCGUUUUUAUUCAAAUAAUCCAGGUAUUUGGAUGUUACAUUGUCAUAAUGAUUGGCAUUUACAAAUUGGAAUGGCUUUUGUUUUUGUUGAAUCACCAAAAUUAAUUCAACAAACUCAUUCAAAUCUUUCAAUACCUGAUAAAUGUUACAAAUAA